AUGACCCAAGAAGGAACGAGCUCUUCACCCAUUGUCGACACGGUCUCAACGAUCAAAGAGGAAGAGGCACUAGUGUUAGAGACAGUCCCCUCAACAUCCAGUCUUCCCAGUACUCCCACCUCACCCAUCAUCUGUGAUUUUCGAAAUGAAAUCCUGUCAAGACUUGAGGAUGCGAGUGCUCGAGUGCGACAAUUUGAACCAAUAUUCGCCGCCUACUCUGAUCUGUGUGAAGAGUUGAAAAAUCAAAAAAAGCAACGCUCGGGAAGUGUCGUGCAUCAAGAUGGUGUCUUCGACGUUUCCUCAGCUCAAUUGGAAGCUCUUCGAAAUGAGCUCAGUGAGGUCUACAAGAAGAAAAGCAUCAAUGACCAGGCCCUACUCGAUCAUAAGAAAGAAUUGGAAGAGUCUCGUCGACAAUUGCUCAUUUUACAAACACAAAAAGCAAGUCUUGAAGCAGAAAGGGAGAAAUUCAUGAGACGAAUUGCUGAGCUAGAAGUUGCUCUAGCCAAAGUCACUGAAGAGAAGACGACAAUUCACGAUGAAUGGCUAGCUUUGAAUUCUUCAUGUCUAAAGCUUAAUGAAAAACUUGUUGAAUUGGAUCAAGACCGAGUAGCGUUGAUAACGAGGAUUCGAGACUUGCAGCAACAACAAGCCACCGCUCUAAAUGAUGAAGUCGAUCGACACGCAGCUUUGCAAAGACGAAAAAUACAAGAGGAUAUUGCUGCAGCAUUGGCAUCAACGGAUUUAGAGGGAACAAGUGGUGACAGCGAGAAAGACGAGUCAAACUCCAAGAAUUGCGCCUACAUGCCAAUUGGUGACGUCUUACCGGAAAGACAAUGUGUCAAAUUCGAAGCCAACGAUGGUGAAGUAACGGAUGUGAUUUUUCUCAAAGAAACAAUGGCAGCAACAGCUGGCAGUGAUAAAAAGAUCAUUCUGUGGAGAUGUAUGCAAGGAGGUCGAGUCCAAAGAAUAGCUGCUCUGACAGGAUGCAAUCAAACAGUCACUCGUCUCGAUGUGAAUAUGGAAGAUGAAAAGAUGAUACUUGGAGCCAGCAAUGAUCACACGGUUAGAGCAUGGAAUGUGGAGAAUCAAAGAAUGAUGUUCACACUCUCCGGUCAUGGAGACAAAGUGACGGUGGCUCGUUUCUAUUGCAAUCAGCAAGUUGUUUCUGGUUCCUACGAUCGCAUGAUAAAAACGUGGGAUAUACGAAGUCAGCGCUGCACAAAGUCACUGUUUCCUGGAUCAACGGUACUUGAUCUUAUCGUCAAUCGCUCAAUCUUUAUAUCGGGUCACUUCGAUAAAAAAUUACGGGUGUGGGACGGGCGAACAGCCGAGGCAGCGCACAUUGUCGAGAUGGGUGGAAAGGUCACUGGUCUUCACCGAACUUCAGACGACAAUCAACUCUUGGUUUUGUCCAGGGAUGACACACUUUCCCUGCUCGACAUUCGCAGCCUACAACAGAUUCACAUCUACUCGGCCGAGCAAUUCCGAACCGCUGGCGAUUCGGUUCGCUGUGUGGUUUCACCAGCAAUGACCUAUUGUGCUGCCGGGAGUUCAGAUGGGCAAAUUUUCAUCUGGAAUUUGAGAACGACAAAGCUGGAGAAAAUUUUGUAUCGUAACGGCCACGAGAGCACUUCGGUGCUUUCAUUGGCGUGGGCUCCGCACGGACGCGGCCUGAUGAGCUGCGAUCGGCACAAAACCGUCUGCUACUGGGAA